UUUGUAGUGUUUACAUACCGACCUCCACGGGUCCACCCAAACAAGGCUACAACGAGCCAUUCCUUCUUCUCUAUUUAAAAUCCCCAAAUCUCCUUCAUCUUCUUCAACAACAUCCAUCUUCUCUUGUACGGAAUACUUUGUAUUAAGUAAGGAGUGAACAGUGAUGAUGCAGCACGUAGCUAGGAGGGGAAUUCAUCAACUUCAAAGACUGAAUGCAGCAAAAGUUCCAGCAGAUGUGAUCGAAAAAGGCCAAAAUCGAGUAAUAGAUGCCUCCCUCACCCUCAUUCGUGAGAGUGCAAAGCUCAAGGGGGAGCUUGUGCGGGCCUUAGGAGGUGCGAAAGCAACAUCUUCCCUCCUUGGAGUACCUCUGGGCCAUAAUUCAUCAUUUCUUGAGGGGCCUGCUUUUGCACCUCCUCUUAUUAGAGAAGCAAUCUGGUGUGGAAGCACAAAUGCCUCAACUGAACAAGGCAAAGAAAUAGAUGAUCCUCGAGUCCUAACUGAUGUUGGAGAUCUUCCUGUUCAAGAGAUGAGAGAAGCUGGUGUCAUGGAUGACAGAUUGAUGGACAUUGUCAGUGACUCAGUCAAGCUGGUUAUGGAACAGGAACCGUUGCGUCCUCUGGUGUUAGGCGGUGACCAUUCGAUAUCUUACCCUGUUGUAAGAGCUGUAUCUGAGAAGCUUGGAGGACCUGUAGAUAUCCUACAUCUUGAUGCUCACCCAGAUAUCUAUCAUGAAUUUGAAGGGAACAAGUAUUCUCAUGCUUCUUCUUUUGCCCGUAUAAUGGAGGGUGGCUAUGCACGGAGGCUCUUGCAGGUCGGUAUAAGAUCUAUCAAUAGAGAAGGCCGGGAGCAAGGAAAGAAAUUUGGGGUGGAGCAAUAUGAAAUGCGAACCUUUUCAAAAGAUCGCCACUACUUGGAAAAUCUGAAACUGGGUGAGGGAGUGAAGGGUGUCUACAUAUCAAUCGAUGUGGACUGUCUUGAUCCAGCAUUUGCACACGGUGUGUCUCACUUUGAGCCCGGAGGCCUGUCUUUUCGUGAUGUUCUCAAUAUCCUGCACAAUCUCCAAGGUGAUAUCGUGGCUGCCGAUGUCGUUGAAUUCAACCCGCAGAGGGACACUGCUGAUGGUAUGACAGCAAUGGUUGCAGCCAAGUUGGUUAGAGAAGUAACUGCAAGAAUGUCCAAGCCCAAUUAAAAUAAAGAAACUUUUACAUGUUAGAUUAAGAGCUCAUAAUAAAUAAUUAGACUAGAUUCAAUCUCAUAAAAGAUUGUUUUAUAGUCUUCAGUUCCUAUGUUUUAUGGCUGAUGCUGUUAAAUUAUGGAUUUCUUGCAAAACCUUGUUGAGAUAAUGAAAUAAAGCAUCAUUUCUAGAUUUCUUUAUUAA